UCUCUGUGGGCUCCACCUGGUAAACACAGCAGAGCUCUGAGCUGGUUGGUCCUUCCUGAGGAUUUUCUUGACUUCACACCUGCCUUCAAUUCAGACUAAUCACAAGCUCCUCCUGGCUUCUCAGUGGGAGAACGCUGUCGCACUUACACGUUGGUAAAGUAAGUCAUUCUCAAGCCCAAGAGCUGUUGUGAGUUGCAAUCCGAAUAGUCGGGGAAACUGGACCAUCUCCAUCCAUCACUGUGUCGAACUAAUACCUUCGAGAUGAGUCCAGUUAAUUUGACGGAGGAAGAAGGCGUUGAUAUGCAGCCUGUUGACAUGGACUUGACUUGUAUUGCUCCUCGUGCCAGCAUUUCAUCCCAGCAGACUGCGCAGCCCGGUGGUGCUGAGCAGCAGACCAUGAGAGUCUACCUCAGAGUCCGGCCCUUCUCUAAAGAGGAACUCGCUGAUGACGAGGAUCAGGGUUGUGUGGUGAUUGAAAACAACCAGACGGUGACCCUGAAGGCCCCAAAGGGUUCUGCCACCUUGAAGAGCAGUGAGAAGGGCAUCGGCACGUCACUUCACAAGUUUUCCUUCUCGCAGAUCUUUGGAGAGGAGAUGACUCAGUCCGAGCUUUUUGAGGACACCGUGAAAAGCCAAACGUCUGAUUUCUUAGAGGGGAAGAAUGCACUGAUAUUCAGCUACGGUGUAACCAACGCGGGAAAAACCUACACAAUCCAAGGAACCCCAAAAGAGCCGGGAAUUCUCCCUCGCGUGCUGGACGCCACCUUUCACUACAUCGGAGGCCGUCUGUACGAGGGGAUGGACCUGAAGCCGUACCUCAGGAACGAUGCUCAGUAUCUGGAUCCUGACCAGGUCAAGCAGGAGAGAAGUGCUCAAGCCGCCAUUUUUGCUUCAGUCAAAGAUGAGUGUGACUCGUUCGGAACCAGUGGUGGUUUAGGGUCCUUGUCUUCCCCUCCCAGCCCUUUCCCUUCCUCCCCCUUGUCCACCGGUCAGAGCGGGGAAGCAGGCAGCGACCAGUUUGCCCUGUGGGUGGCAUUCUAUGAAAUCUACAAUGAGUGUGUGUACGAUUUGCUUCAACCUCAUUUGUGCUCCAAGUCAAAGAGACGUGCUGCUCAUCGAGUGUGUGACGACGGUGCUGGAAAUGCUUACGUCAAAGAUCUCCGGUGGAUUAACAUCCAGACUCUGGGAGAAGCCUCAAAGCUGCUACAGUUUGGAAACAAAAACAGAAGUGCGGCAGCCACAAAGAUGAACCAGUCGUCAAGCAGAAGCCACAGCAUAUUUACCAUGAAGUUACUGAAGAUCGAUGGCACUACGGUGGAAAGGAUCUCAGAGUUUUCUUUGUGUGACCUGGCCGGCUCAGAACGAUGCAACAAAACCAAGACCUUCGGGGAGCGACUGAAGGAGGCCGGGAACAUCAACAACUCCCUGCUAAUUCUGGGGAAGUGCAUCAGCGCCCUCCGCAACAAUCAGACCGACCGAGUGAAGAGCAGCUACAUUCCUUUCAGAGAGAGUAAGCUCACCAAGCUCUUCCAGACGGUGUUCUGCGGGAAAGGAAGAGCGUCGAUGAUUGUCAACAUCAACCAAUGUGCUUCCACCUACGAUGAAACUCUUCAUGUUAUGAAAUUCUCUGCUGUCGCCAAACAGGUGGUGCAGGUGAUCCCAGCCAAGCCUCUGGAGUCUCUGGCUCCUUGUUUGGUCGACCGGGACGGCAAGCCUCUGGUGAGGAACGGGGUGAUUGACAGCCAGGCCCUGGAGAGCUACCUGUCAGACGAUGAGCUACUGGACGAGGAGGACGAGGCCAACAUGUCUUUGCUGCCACAGAAUGAUCUGGUGAAUAUAAUUGAGAGCCUGCGAACAAAACUCCUGGCUGAGCGAAGAAGAAACCUGGUUCAGGAAAUGGAGAUUCGGAAGGAAAUGGGAGAUGCCAUGUUACAACAGCUCAUGGAGAGUGAAGAACUCCGCAUCCGCCAGAUAGAGGAGCAGAAGGAGAGCUACCAAGAAAAGCUGGAGAACACUUUUGAGAUGUACAAGGAUGCUAUCAAAGAGCACGCCUACCAGUGUGCAAUGAACAACCUGGAGGAUGACUACGUACCUCUUGACGAGUUCAUUGCUGAACAGGACAAAGUGGAGGCCCUGAAACGUAAAGUGACGGAGUUGGAGUCCUUAAAGUCCGGUAUUGGACGCGACGUGUGUGCAGUUCCAACAGUGGACCAGUCGAGCCAGACGCAGCCAUCCGAAGCGACGGAAGCAGCAGGGGACGAUCGGGUCAAACGGCUGUACAAGGAAAAAUGUGCCAUGGAGAAAAUGUGUGAAGAUAAACAGCUGCUCAUUUUGUCCCUGGAGAAGAGGCUGAUUGAUCUCAGUCAAACACUUGAGAAGGUCCGAGAUGGCUUCCUGGAGAAAUCAUCUGCUCUGGAGGUAUUGCAGAAGAAGUGUGACGAUCAGGCGCAAUCUAUGGACGACCUCAUGCAGCAGAACGCUGAUAAGGACCAGGAGGUUGAAUCACUGAAAAAGGAGCUUGCCAAGCUCUCCCAGAAGUCUCCUGUGCAGCCCAAAACCAAGAGAGGCCUCCUCGCCAACAUCAGGGAAGCGGUGAAUUCUCCACGGAGCAGUUCUCCUGGGCGAAAGCUACGGAAAACCUCCAAGGCAGCGCACAGUUGAACAGCAUCUGGACGAUAAGGAGAAUGAUUCCUUCCUUUUUUAAACAUCUUAAACAUGGGCAGUUUUUUGGGUAUAUGUAAACAAAACUACAAGUGACUCAAUAUUUAUUUUUCAGAUGUACUGUGUUUCUUGUGAUGGCAUUUUACAUGUUUUCUUUUAUUCCAAUUAAAUUGCUUAAAAUUC